ACUCUCGGCUUCCGUAGCCCCUGCAAGGAGACCCCGCGGCGGCCUCCGUUUUGAUUGACGUAGGAAAAGAAAAGACCCAAGAUCGGGUUACAAGAUGGCGGAUGGUAGGUUGUACUAGGUUGAAGGUUUUCACAGAGACGGUUUUUUAUGUGUCUAAAUGAAAAUAGAGAAGAGUUACUGCUUUUUCACGCUUAAACGAAGUUAUUUUCCCUAAAACUAAAAGAUACACUUGACUUCCCUAGUUAUUUUCACAACUACCAGAGUGGUUUGAGUAGUUUGUUUGGAACAUGCGGGUUGAAGCUGAAAGUUUAAAUCGCUGGUUUAAAAAUUAAAAUACAAAGAAAAGCACUGUUAAAGGGAGCAAUCAUGUCGGAUACGCGGCGGCGUGUGAAGGUGUACACGUUGAAUGAAGACCGACAAUGGGACGACAGGGGCACCGGGCACGUCUCCUCUACCUACAUCGAGCGCCUAAAGGGAAUGGCCUUAUUAGUCCGGGCAGAGUCUGAUGGUUCUCUUCUUCUGGAGUCCAAAAUCAGUCCUAACACAGCAUAUCAAAAGCAACAAGACACCUUGAUUGUUUGGUCUGAAGCUGAGAAUUAUGAUUUGGCUUUGAGUUUUCAAGAAAAGGCUGGAUGUGAUGAAAUCUGGGAGAAGAUUUGUCAGGUGCAAGGAAAGGAUCCUGCAGUUGAAAUCACGCAGGAACUUAUUGACGAGUCUGAGGAAGAGCGUUUCGAAGAAAUGCCUGAAACAAGUCACCUGGUUGACCUCCCCCCUUGUGAACUUAACAAACUUGAAGAGAUUGCUGAUCUAGUAACGUCUGUUUUGUCCUCUCCGAUUCGCAGAGAAAAGCUUGCGCUGGCCUUAAUGAAUGAGGGCUACAUUAAGAAACUGCUGCAGCUUUUCCAGGUUUGCGAGGACCUUGAGAACACUGAAGGCCUGCACCAUUUAUAUGAAAUCAUAAGAGGAGUUUUGUUCCUCAACAAAGCAGCUCUCUUUGAGGUAAUGUUCUCGGAUGACUGCAUUAUGGACGUUGUGGGUUGUCUAGAGUAUGACCCCUCCCUAGUACAGCCAAAAAAGCACAGGGAGUUCUUAACCAAAACUGCCAAGUUUAAAGAGGUAAUACCCAUCACAGACUCUGAACUGAGGCAGAAAAUCCAUCAAACGUAUAGGGUGCAGUAUAUCCAGGACAUCAUCUUGCCGACUCCGUCUGUUUUUGAGGAGAAUUUUCUUUCAACGCUGACCUCUUUUAUUUUCUUUAACAAGGUUGAGAUUGUCAGCAUGUUGCAGGAAGAUGAGAAAUUCUUGUCUGAAGUCUUUGCACAGCUAACAGAUGAAGCAACUGAUGAUGACAAGAGGCGUGAACUGGUUAACUUUUUCAAAGAAUUCUGUGCAUUUUCCCAAACGUUACAACCCCAGAACAGAGAUGCAUUUUUCAAGACUCUUGCUAACUUGGGAAUUCUUCCUGCUCUAGAAAUAGUAAUGGGCAUGGAUGAUUUGCAAGUGAGGGCUGCAGCAACAGACAUAUUUUCUUAUUUGGUAGAGUUUAGUCCAUCCAUGGUACGGGAGUUUGUUAUGCAGGAAGCUCAGCAGAGUGAUGAUGACAUUCUCCUUAUAAAUGUGGUCAUUGAGCAAAUGAUAUGUGAUGCUGACCCAGAGCUUGGAGGUGCUGUUCAAUUAUUGGGGCUCCUUCGGACUCUAAUUGAUCCUGAGAACAUGUUGGCACCAACAAAUAAAACGGAAAAGACUGAAUUUCUCAGCUUUUUCUACAAGUAUUGCAUGCAGGUACUCACUGCUCCUCUUCUGGCCAACACAGCAGCAGAAAAAACAGGAAAAGAUGCAGUAGUUGGAUCCAACAAGAUUAGUGCAGUUUGUCCUGAUAACUUUCAGACAGCUCAGUUGCUGGCCUUAAUUCUGGAACUGCUUACGUUCUGUGUUGAACAUCACACAUACCACAUCAAAAACUACAUCAUGAACAAAGAUCUGUUAAGACGGGUGUUGGUACUGAUGAACUCAAAACACACAUUCUUGGCCUUAUGUGCCCUGCGUUUUAUGAGGAGGAUUAUUGGCCUGAAAGAUGAGUUUUAUAAUCGCUAUAUCAUCAAAGGAAACUUAUUUGAGCCAGUCAUAAAUGCCUUAUUGGACAAUGGUACAAGAUAUAAUCUUCUGAAUUCAGCAAUUAUUGAACUCUUCGAAUUUAUCAAAGUGGAGGAUAUUAAGUUACUCACUGCACACAUAAUUGACAACUUCUACAAAAUGCUUGAAUCUAUUGAAUAUGUUCAGACAUUUAAAGGACUGAAUACUAGAUAUGAGCAGGAGAAGGACAGACAGAAUCAAAGACUGAAUAGUGUACCCUCUAUACUGCGUAAUAACAGAUACCGCAGAGAUUCAAGGGUUUUGGAAGACGACGAAGAAAUGUGGUUUAAUGAAGAUGAUGAAGAGGAAGGUGAAGCUGUUGUACCUCCUGUAGAGAAGUCAAAGGCUGACGAUGAUUUCUCUGGCAACUAUGGGAAGUUUAUUGAAGCAAAAAAAGCAGUUAAAGAAAGCGAGGACAAAGAAAACCUUCCAAAGAGGACCUCAAGUGGCAGCUUAAAGUUUACAUUCUCUCAUUCUGCCGGAGCAGCUAAUGGAACAAACAGCACCAACAGUAAAUCUGCGGCAGCGCCAACUUCGCCUGCCAGCACUAACAGUUCUUCCUCAAAGACUGCCAAUUCACCAGCUCCUGUUAUGACAAAGCAGGCAGGUUUAGUUGGGCUUGUGGAUUACCCAGAUGAUGAAGAGGAAGAUGAGGAGGAGGAAGCAUCCCCCAGAAAACGGCCCCGUCUUGGAUCAUAAAGGACUUGGUAAAAAAAUGUCAGUCUGUUUUGAGUUCAAUGGUGCAACUGUUCCACAGCUGACUGAAUAAGAGGAACCUCUCCUCCCCCCACCACAACCAUCAGUAUAGAAGAUGACACAAGGAGUAGCAAACAGUGUGCCAGUGUUUCAGCUAGGGGUUUAGUAUUGCUGCAGGAACAAAACACUUCCCAGGAACUGAAUCUCUUGCAAUUUAUGGGGAACAAUUGUCUGCCAAUCAUGCUGGCAGGACUAGCAGGUUAGUAAUGAGAGCUUGAUUGGCUAAACCUUACAGAAGGUUUGGGGGAGGACUUGGGGAAACUUUGGUCCAAGGGAGCAGGACUCGGACAUUUAAAAUGGUUUUCCUUUCAGGAAACAAACUUGAACUGAAAUGUCAGUAAGGAAUCUUGUAUUCAUAAUUUUAUUAAAAGUACUGUACAGCGUGUUCAUCCAUGUUUUUUUAUUCUUUUUUUAAAGGGAGCAAUGAUACCUGCCAAUGUCAUUUAGCAAAAGGUGGGACCACUUCUUUAAUUACACCAUGAUUUUGGGAAAGCAGACUGGCUAAGGUUGUUUUAUGUGUGUUUUUUUAAUUUACAGUAACCGUAAGUUUUAUGGCCAAAUAGAGGAUGUUUAUAGUUAAUCUGUUGCAGCUAUAUUGUUUAUCAUGGGUAGAGUCAUUUACUUGUGUUAAGUGUUAUCUUUUGUAGGGCAACACUAAUUUUGAUUAAGACGUCAGGGAAUUGAAAUGUGUAAUCCCCAAGUACAACAAAGGUUAAGCAGGGAUGGAACGUGGGGUUUAAGAAAUUCAUAGUUGGGCCUAAAGUUAAAUCCAGUUGACAGUACUGUCCCCCUUUUAUAUUAGCAACGUAAUCUGUAAAUGCCAAACAUCUUGCUGACAAAGCCCCAGACUCUGCUUUUUGUUUUAUAGUUCAUCCUAAAUUCUAUGGUUUUUAUUUGCAGAGGUGAUUUUUAACAACUCAACAUGUUGUGUUGUGUGUGGUUUUUUUUAAAGGCUCAGACAGCCAGUCCUAUACAAGUAAAUUGCAUAGUUGAAAUGAUGCUACAAUUAAGUGUUAUCAGUUUAACACUGGUUGUUAAACUUGUUAGUUUUUUGCUAUUGCUAAAGAAAAUGUAAGUUUCCACCUAAACUUGUACACCCCAUUUGGGAAGCCUUGUAGGUAACUGUAUGGAUUUAAGAAAAGAUGGGGUGUCUGUAGAUAGUGUAUUUUUUGUUUUUCCACAAAACAAACAUGUUUAUUUUGUAUGGAUGAAUAAACUACCACUGUUACCAUUUUACACCAUUUGUAUACAUUUGAUAAAAAAAAAAAUAAUCUGAUGCAAAUUUCAGAAAUUAAAUGUGACCCUAUAAUUAAAUAACUUUUGUCUUU